AUGGUAGCAAUCGUGGGUGCUGAUAGAGUUUUAGAUAAUACCAUUGGUGAUACUCGCGCUGAUGAUUCAUGGAGUUAUGAUAAUACUGAAGACUGGGGUAUCAAUUAUCCACAAUGUGAUGGUAUACGACAAUCACCAAUUCAUUUAAUAUCGAGUAAUUCGGUGAUCAUGCCAUUUCCAAUAUUACGCUUCAUAAAUUACAAUGUACCGUUGAGUGGAAAGUUGACUUUGGAAAAUAAUGGACAUACGAUUAGUAUGCCUAUACCGAGUACAAGAAAUGGAAUACGUCCAUACAUUUCCGGUGGUUCGUUAAAAAGUCGUUAUGAAGCCAUUGGUGUACAUUUUCAUUGGGGUUCGCCAAGUAUUAAGGGUUCAGAGCACAUGAUCAAUAAUCGUCGUUAUGACAUUGAAAUGCAUAUUGUCCAUAGAAAUGUUAAGUACAGUACAGAUGAAGAUGCACGCAAAAAUAGCGAUGGCUUUGCUGUAUUGGGCAUUAUGUUAACGGCAGUUAGUAAUCCUGUCCGUCAAUUUACAGCCUUCACGAAAAUUUUUAGGAAAUUACCUUCACUCAUAGAUUAUAAGUCAAGAUCAUUUAUAAAUGGACAGAUAAGUUUAAAUCAACUCAUGGGAAAUUUAAAUACAAGAAGCUUUUUCACAUAUCAAGGAAUGAUUGUGAAAACCGAGCCCAGCGAAUGCAAUCCCAUUACAGUAAUCAAGGGCAGAGAGGAUUCAACAAGCUAA